GACAGCAAACAGGAAGCUCUGAGCCCUCGAGCGCCGCUUAGAGGCGAGGCGGUGGAAUUGCACUCAGAAGCUUUUCUCGCCAGCAGGGGGCAGACUCACUCUAAAAAUCCUUUUGUUUGCCAUAUGUUCAAUCCGCGACGCGUGCUACUUGGGUCUUCAAAUCAUGAGCUCUCCACAUUUUGAACAGGAAUGAGGGAUUCCUGGGAGGCGAGGAGAACCCCUACCUAGCCACCUCUCAGUGGACUCACGUGAGGUGUAAUCAAAGCUUUCCGGCUCCGCCAAACUCAAUCUAGUCGGAUUUAUGUGGUUCAAGCAUCUGCGAGUGCGACAAGGUUUGUCUGGCUGUGCCCACCAACUAAAAAGACCAACGCACGCCAGGCGAGCUUUUCCCUUGCAUGCGGACCGUCCGCCUAACACGCCACACGCUGGGUGGACACAAUGGGGCCCCGAGUCAGGAACCGACACUGUACUCCAGCGCCGAUUGUCUUGUGUCCUUUACAACAUCUUUUGUUCCCGCGGAUAAAAGCGACAUGUCGGAGCUUUUUAAGCGCCCGGCAGCUGCUCUCCACAUCCUCUCCCCGGACCAACCCACCCCCAAUGCGUCAGCCUCCUACGAUGUUAUAUGGACAAACCAUUAGGCUGGUUUUACACUGCGGCGCCGAUGUAGUUUAAAAAAAAAACAAUUGGGCUUAUUAUAAGCAGAUUCUGUUUUUCAUCAAAGCUUUUGCCUCUUGGUCACAAGAAAGGCCCGCUCCUGUCUUAUAAGGUCAUAGAACUUUGUCUCGGAAUUGGGUUUUAUGUUGGUUUUGCUUCUAACUAGUAAAUAUUUUGGAGGAAAAAUCCAAAUAUAAAACUGUAAAAAAAAAAAAAAAAAACCUCGCCCUGAAAAAGGCUUUUAACAACUUUAAAAAUAUAAUUUAUUGAUUGCCAUUCAUGGCAAAAUAAUUUACAGAGUUUGAAUUUUACUUUUAAGUCAUGGGACAGUACAAGGGAUAAUUAGUUCUAUAAUGCCACAUAACAAAUACCGAUUCAGUCGUUCAAAUAAUAUCCAGAAAAUCAUGACGUGAGAGCCCAAGAAUGGCUUCCGGCAAUUCUGGUGAUUAAUCAUAACUGGAGUCUUUGCGCUUCAAAGAUGGAUAUAUGGACCCGUGAGGCCGCUCCUCCAUGGGCCCCCUUUCAAAGGACAGGAAGUGUGUCACAUGGACAAGAUUUUUUUUCCCCACAAAUAUUCGGGCCCCAUUCCUGGAAUAACAACAUCUCAUCUGUGUGUCUAGUUCAAAGGCCAGCCUAGUUCCUCUUGGUACAACAUGUGAUGAUAGAGUCAGGAUGUGGGAAAACACUGAGUGGCAUCCCCCUUGCCGCCUCCCCCUCCCCGGGAGGGCAACAUGUGACCUAUCGUCUUUUAUACCAUGUGAAUCAUCUUGAAUGGACUUGGUAUCUCAGUGAGAAAACAAAACUGUUUGGGUCCAUUGAGUUUGGCAUUGGAAACUUUCUUGGGGCGGGGGUGUUUUUCUUAAAGGGCUAAAAAUACAUUUCGGUGCUCGCAAUACUUUUAGGGAUGUUUUGCUACUUUUAAUGGAAUUUUUUUUUUGUAAAACAACUGCUUGGAAACAUGCAUUGUAUUUUGAGUGCUCUAUGAAUAAAAGUUAAGUUGACGUUGAUUUAUUAUUUCAAAGCUAUACGAAACAUGCCCCUCAAUUCAUGUUUCAUUUACGAUCUAACAUGUAGGAUCUAUCAGCCAUGACAGGAAACACUGUGUAAAUGUAAAAAAUGAAUGAAGAAGAAUAUUAUGUGACACACUUUUUAACGUAGUGAAAUAAAUAAUGGCACCUGCUAUUUCGAGGGCAUCUGACAGAAAUGGGACAAGAAGCAUCCGUGUCAUAUUUGUGUCCGUCUAUCAUAUUGCACCUCUGCUGACGUCUGUCUUUCAUUAUGUAUUAGUGAUGACUUCAAAAGAACAUCUCGCCGCCUUUCAUCUGCUGCAGCAGCCACCCGAAAAGAAGAAAAUUAAAAAAAAAACUGUAGAUUUUUCCAAAAAGAGCUUUUCAUGUCAAAGAGCAGAUGUGCAGUGACCACAGCCCCCCUCCUCUCGUCCCCUGGGACCUUUUAUGCUAAAUGUUUUCUUAGUAACCACUCAAACUGCCUUUUUUCCUCUUGGGUACAUUAAAAUUUGAAUUUAAAUUCCAUUACAUACCCAUCCAUCCGUUUUCUAUACCACUCAUCCUGUUCAGGGCCACAGUCAAUGGGUGUGUCUAUCAAGCGGAAGUAGUCGGAAUAUGUAGUAUCAUGUCUUUUAUUGUGAAAGGGCUUAAGCGGAUGCCGACUGUUGCGGUUCUGCUAGCUUCUUUUGAAUCACCCUCGCGAACCCCACCGACAGCUCAGACGCUUGUUUGCUCACCAAGCGUGCAGACGUGUUUGAGUGUGCGACCGCUGCUCCGCUCUCUCCGCGGACUCUUUUCGGAUAUCUCCCGCUGUCUUCGCCCACCCACUUUGACGGUUCUUUUCGGACUAUAUUACUCCGUCUGAUGGUGUGCACCGAUGCCGAGAGAUGGGUAAACUGCACUCGAAACAUGCCGCUAUUUGUAAAGCAAGGGAGAGCCCGGAAGGCGGCAGCUUUGUAGUUAAUGCCUGUUUGGCUCGGAAGGGACUGGACGACUGGCUGGUGAAGCAGGAUUGUCAUCUAAAGACCAAGUGCGCGUUGACCACCCGGGACUCCAUGAAUGAAGCUCAGCAGAUUGGUGAUGAGCACUACCGCUUAGAAGUGGCCCUGCCCCCGGAGAAGACAUCCGGCGGCUGCUGCUCGGAUGACAAGACCAUGCUGCAGCGCGAUGGCAAGCAGCUCCAGUUUGAAGAGCUGGAGUGCGCCGUGUCCAUGGAGGAGGACAACCGACAAGAGUGGACGUUCACCCUCUACGACUUUGACAACAACGGGAAAGUUACCCGAGAGGACAUCACAAGCCUCCUGCACACCAUCUACGAGGUGGUGGACGCCUCCGUCAACCAUUCUCCCAGCAGCAGUAAGACCUUGCGGGUCAAGCUGUCGGUAGCGCCGGACUCCAGCCAGAGAUGGAGGACUUGCACGCAGGGCGGCGCAGAUGCAUCCCACCCAAGGGAGAGAAACGACAAGUGCGCAGAAGACCCCAAGAGUGCAGACAAAAAAAGUCGAGCGCUGAUAAGGCGCCACCACAGCGACCAGCACAGCCACACCCAGCCGGGCUGCCAGCGCCAUUGCGUGGAUGAGAACCUGGAGCGGCGGAACCACUACUUGGACCUGGCCGGCAUCGAGAACUACACGUCCCGAUUUGGAGCCGCGACUGCAGAGCAACCCAAGGCAGAACCCCAGACCCGCUCGUCCAAUCAGACGCGCUCUCGAUCCCACGAGCCAGAAAACGGCCACUCCCACCAUCCGCCGCCUCACCACCAUCGGCGUUUGCAAGCCGUCACGGACGCCGGCCCUCCCGAGGGUCUCCACCCCGCUCGGACACGAGGCCAAGAACCCGGCAAAUCCGCCGUCCGCUCCCCCAAGACCCACAGCCGCACUCCCCCAGCUCAGCUCAGCGGGCGGGUGAUGCGGAACAGGGGUCUCCCGGCCCCUCCGGCCCUCCCCAGCCAAACCCCCCCUCACCAGUCGGCCGCCCCUUACCGCAAGCACAAGCAGCGCUCCAAGGAGCAGCAGGCGUGCCGGACGCUCGGCACCCUGCUGGGGGCCGGGACGGAGAGGGAGCAGGUCAGGGACCUGCCCGGGGUUCUGCUCUAUGAGGGCCGGCUGGCGCAGGUGGUACAGCGUCAUGAGCACCACCACCACCAUGAACACCACCACCACUACCACCACUUCUACCAGUCCUGAACCACUUUGAGAGCCUCUUUGAGAUUCUUCUGACAUAGGAAGUGGGUGAGCUGCAAUUAGCGAACCACCACUACCAUGAACUCCACCACUGCCACCCUCUCUUCUACGAGGCCCGAUCUCCUGUCCUGCUUUGGGACCCCCCCGGGAAACCAUUGUCACCACAUCCACCCUACUUUGGGACCCUUUAGGAGUCACCAGCCACUCCUGAAUGUCUGCCCAUUUAUGGACUUCCUGGACGCAAAAACUCGAAACGGCCACCCCACAUUUUUUGAUACACAGGAACAUAGGUGGACCCACAAGAGUGCCGCCGCCACUACCACUACUUGUCAUGAAAAGCUGAUAGAAGAUAAAUCAGUGUUAUGGACAGCUUGGAGCAUUCAGGACUACUUGAAGAUCACAGAGUUGGACCCUUCAUCCAUAGCACCCCCUUUUUACACGGUUCUGGUGCCGUUACUGGUUUGGUACAACCCACCAGAACCUUUCCAGACCACUAAGCAACGAGGCUGAAGUUGGACUAAGAUGAACACUUAUGAAGGAAGCGGCGUGCGUGUGUGCGUGUUAUGACACUGUGUCUGUCAAAAAAAAAAAACAUUCUGUGGCCGUGCAAGUAUUUAAAGUGGAAAAUGAAGAAGCCAAUUUGAGUAUCCCUUAAGGAAGGAAGAUGUUGAGGAAAAA